GCCGCCGGCCAAGACAGGGGCUAGGGACGCCCAGAGCCGGGGCGCAGGGCGCUGUCCCACACUUGAGUCGCCGCGUGCCCCUUGGCGAGCCAUCAACGUGCACCUUCCCCUCCCGGCUCCCCAGCCGGGCUUCCCGUCAGCUCAAGUCUCGGCCUGCCUAAUGUCAGCCCCGCCCUUCCUCUCCCAGCGGGCGCUCAGAGGCCAGCCGGGGCCGCCGCACUCCGAGCCACGUACUGUACCAGUGGCCUCCCCGGCGCCGUCCGACCUCGGUGCUCGAAGGACGCGCAUGGCGGCGGUGGGGCCGCGAGCCCGCCCGGGCGCCGGAGCCGAGGCGCUGGCGCUGGCUUCAGAGUUGCAGGCCGAGGCGACGUGCUCCAUCUGCCUAGAGCUCUUCCGCGACCCCGUGUCCGUCGAGUGCGGCCACAGCUUCUGCCGCGCGUGCAUCGCUCGCUGCUGGGAGCGCGGUGGCGCGGGGGCCGCAGCCGCACCCCGAGCGCUGCCCUGCCCGCAGUGCCGCGAGCCCGCGCGGCCCUGCCAGCUGCGACCCAACCUGCAGCUGGCCUCCGUGGCCGCGCUGCUGAAGCGCUUCAGCCUGCCCGCUGCCGCUCCGGGAGAGCGCAGGACCCGGGCGGCUGCAGCCCCGGAGGCGGCCGUCCGGUGCGCGCAGCACGGCGAACCGCUCAAGCUGUACUGCCAGGACGACGGACGAGCCAUUUGCGUAGUGUGCGACCGCGCCCGCGAGCACCGCGCUCAUGCUGUGCUUCCGCUCGAUGAGGCGGUGCAGGAGGCCAAGGAGCUCCUGGAGUCCAGGCUGAGGGUCUUGAAGAAGGAACUGGAGGACUAUGAGGUGUUCCGGUCCACUGAAGAGAAGGAGAGCAAGGAGCUCCUGAAGCAGAUGGCAGCAGAGCGAGAGAAGGUGGGGGCAGAGUUCCAGACGCUGCGGGCCUUCCUGGUGGAACAGGAGGGCCGGCUUCUGGGCCGCCUGGAGGAGCUGUCCCUGGAAGUGACACAGAAGCUGAAUGAGAACCUGGCCCAGCUUGGUGGUGAGAUCACCCAGCUCUCCGAGAUCAGCAGCCAUAUCCAGGAGACAGCUCGAAAGCCUGACCUUGACUUCCUCCAGGAAUUUAAAAACACACUAAGCAGAGGACCUCACCAUUUGAAUUGUCACAGCCCAGAUAGUGUUUGUGGGCCUUCUUCAGGGUCCCUGUCCUACAGGUGCAGCAAUGUGCCUGGUGCCAAGCCAACCACUGUCUCUUCUGAGAUGAAGAAUAAAGUCUGGAAUGUUUCCCUCAAGACCUUUGUCUUAAAGGGGUUGCUGAAGAAGUUCAAAGAGGAUCUUCGUGAAGAGCUGGAGAAAGAGGAGAAAGUGGAACUCACCUUGGACCCAGAUACAGCCAAUCCCCGCCUCAUCCUCUCCCUGGAUCUUAAGAGUGUGCGCCUUGGACAGCGGGCCCAGGACCUGCCCAACCACCCUCACCGCUUCGAUACCAACACCCGCGUCCUGGCAUCCUGCGGCUUCUCCUCUGGGCGGCACCACUGGGAGGUGGAAGUGGGCUCCAAGGAUGGCUGGGCCUUUGGCGUGGCCCGCGAGAGUGUGCGCCGCAAGGGCCUCACACCCUUCACCCCUGAGGAGGGCGUCUGGGCGCUGCAGCUCAACAGCGGGCAGUACUGGGCUGUGACCAGCCCUGAGCGGACACCCCUUAGCUGUGGGCACCUGUCACGCGUGCGGGUGGCCUUGGAUCUGGAGGUGGGGGCUGUGUCCUUCUACGCAGUGGAGGACAUGCGCCACCUCUACACCUUCCGAGUCAACUUCCAGGAGCGUGUGUUCCCCCUUUUCUCUGUCUGCUCCACUGGCACCUACUUGCGAAUCUGGCCUUGAGGCGGACUGCCCGGCAUCUCAGGAAGGGGUGAUCACUUAUGGGAAAAUAUUUCCUCUUCCUGGCUACCCAUGGGAAGGGAUGAUGCCCUCCAUACUACUGUGCCAGGCUGCCCAAGAGAGACUGCUACAGAACAAUUUCAAACUCUGGUCCAGUGGCUGUCCUCAGUUGCAAGAAGGCAGGUUUGGGCUUGGGCCAGCCAGAUUCAUUAUCACUUCUGCUUUACCUUUUUGACAGCUGCCAGCUCUGCCUUGAGAGGUCAGGAGACCUCUGGAUCCAGUUGGCCUGACAACAUCAUCUACUCAGGAAAAGCACUGUACUCCCAGCUCAGACAACAGUUGGGCCAGAACUGGAAGGAGACCGUUGACCCGUACAUGAAAGAAAAGCCCAGGGCAACAGCAUAUAGGCAUUGCUACUCUCCAGUACUCCUUAGCCUGAUGGCAGAGUGAUAUGUGCAUCCUUAACCACAGUGACAAUGAACACAUGUCCUCACAGAUACCUAACCCCCCCAUUUUCCAGUGCCAAAGUAGAGACUUGCUUGGGUAAGGAGAUCAAAGGUUCUGGAACAUUGAAACACAAGUUGGCACUUAUAAUUUUACAGGUGUAAUUAGCACCAGCACAGAAAUUCACAGAGCACAAACAUGCUCCUGACAGGCCCUUUCUGGAACUUGCCAAAUGCAUGCCAAUAGCAGAGCACCCUGGUGCCAAGGCCUGCUCAGCCUGGGCACUGGAGGGCAUUCACCUGGCCAGCGUCUUUAUCCCCUUGGCUAAUUGUUCCCCAGAUUCUGGAUGGCUGGGCUUCUAGGAGGGUGGUAGUGGGACAUUGGGGAGAUGGAAAUAUAGACAGUGAGCUCAUCUCUAGGGGUGGCUUGGCUCAUUCUCAUCUCCCCUGGUCUGACUGCAGAAGCACAAGUAUAAGCAAGGUUUUCUGCCAGUGUGAAUGAGCAUGUGUGUUUAUGUGUGUAAGGAGUAUAUGCACGUGUAUUUGGGGUGUGGUGGUGGGAAGGAAUGUGUGGAUUUUGGAGAGGGCAUUUAUGAGCAUGUAUAUAGGGUUAGGCGCUGCAAACAGACAUAGGUCAAUUUAGCCAUACCCUAUUACUGAUUUGUUGUUGUUGUUAAAGAUUAACCACCCCAUAUUUUGAUAAGGACCAUAGGUUUUUCCCACUACCUGGCUACUAGGCUAGAUGAAUGCCAGUAUCAGACCUAAUUCUGUUCUGCAUAGGUUGUUUAGACAGAUGUGUUGGCAAAUAGGGACAGUGACAGUCAAAUAGUCCAGUCAGCAAGUGUCAUGGAGUUUCAGUGCUCUGUCCUUUGAGAUGCUUCAAGCACACUUUGCAUACAGGGUUCUCAUGGGGCAGGCAUGAUACUGUUCUAGAGGCAGACCCAGUGGACACAGCACCAGGCUCAGGCAAUCAGAAUCCUGUGUCCGUUGGAUCCCUGUACUAGCCAGUGCCAAAAAAAAAAAAAAAAAAAAAAAAAAAAGAAUCCUGUAUCCUAUGGGCUGGGGGCUGGGGACAGGACCAUUUAAGAAGCCAGCCUACUGCAUUACUCCAGAGGGUGAGUCCUUUGUACUGUUCAUAAAUGGAGAGUAGCUCUACAACACUGUAGCCAAUCUACAUAUUUAAAUAGCACUGAUUUCCACAAGGAAAACCCAUUUCUAAAAUUCAUUUGCUAAUUAAAUUGCCUAAUAUUAUCAUCAAGCCCUAAUGUUAUCUGGGUUUUGUAAAGCUUUUUUGGUGGGGAGGCAGGGUGGGGUGCAGUUGGCCAGUAGAGGGAUUCAAAUGCAUGACUUCGGUUUGUAUAGCUUUUUGAUUUUUAUCACAAUUCCUUUUGUACCAUCUAAUAACUGUGCUGAGUAUCACAACAUAUACUACAGGCCACAGAAGGUGAGACAUCCAGUGGAGGUGCCAUAUGUGCCUGUAGGGCCAGGCUGGGUGCUGCGGGGGUGGCUGUCCACAUGCAUAUUUUCAGUUUUUAUGUUUGCGGAUGUAAUUGUGCAUCUAUCAGAGAAUGUGUAUUUGCAGAUAA